UAGGAAGAACAUGGCGGCUAAGCAGGAGUUAUGUUUUGUUGCCAUGUGAAAAAGCAGAAAUGGAAAAGACCCCAGCUCCAAUCACAAAGGUGGGUAAAACUCCUGCCAAGAGGAAGAGGAAUAGAAACAACAAAAGAAAACUCUCCUACUGUAUUCUGUGUCGCAAGGCCUACCAGACAAAUGAGGCUCUUGAUCAUUCGCACAGCAUGCUGCAUCACAGAGAGUUGGAGACGGUGCUGGGCAAGGAUGUACUUCAUAAUUGCCAGGCAUGUAAGGGAUCCGCCAUGGGUUUGGAUGAGUAUGUGCAGCACAUCUCCACUGCUCAACAUGAAGCCAAGUUGAAGAGCUUGAAGGGGAGAAAUGCUAAGCCCAUCCAUCUGGGCAAAAUACUGGGAAAUGAGAAGUUCCUCUACAUUGUGGAGAAAAACAAGAUGCUGAAGUUGCAGGAGAAGAAGGAAAUGAGAAAGCAAAGAAAGAAACUGAAGCAGGAGGCUGGUUUGAAGCAUGCAGAAAUGAUGCAGGGAGCCACAGGAAAAAACAAAGUAGUUUCACAUGUAGCAAAGGUGGAAAAUUUCAAACAGGUGAAAACCACAGGAGCACUGAAACAGAUGCAGAAACCCCAACGGGAAGGAAGCAACAAUGCGUUUUUUAAAAAUAGAGAGAAUAACCCAUCCAGUUGUCGAGAGGAAGCAAGCUUUCAGAAUCAAGGUGAUGUCCGGGACCAGUAUACCCAAUCAAUUCAGCAGAUGAGCAGCAAAAUCAAAACUGAGAACUUCCAAACAGAGAGACUUCUUAACAGACCAAAACACACCCAAGGAGGGACUACUCAAACACAAAGACAAAAAACAUGGCCACCAAACAGUCAGAAUGGUUCAAAUUACAAACAGUGUAGUAGUGGAUUAAACUCCGACGUCACAAGCGAUCGCCUUCCUCAGAACAAAGUGCACGUGUUUGAUUUCACUGAGAGUUCUGGAUCUUCUCAGCCAGGACAUGAAGGUUCAAAUUCAGCUAAGCCUUCUUCAGAGAACAGCACAGCUCCCAUACGAGAUGUCGACAUCAGUGCCAUGCUGAGACAUAUCAGAAGAGAGCUGGGAGUGAGGGAGCCUUGUAGGGCAGAUCGGGAAGCCCGAAAGCAGAACAGUGAGGCCAGCAAUCAGAUGGCUGAUCUAAGCAAUCAGCGACAAAUUGGAGCUGAAAAAGACCAGCCAGGAGGUGGCUCCUCCAGGAACCGCAUCACCUCCUCACAGGCCAACCCCUCUGCAUCCUGUUCUGGUCUUCAUCCUUCCAACACAGCUCCAGCCAAGUCAAAUCAGAAUACACUGAGAAUGACACAAGGAGUUGCUCAAAGCUCAAUGGCUGCAGGUGACUCCAGUGAAGUGUUAAACUGUGGGGAGACAAAUGUGAAUAUCACCAGCAAGGCUCAAGUUGUUCGCAAAGCUACGAGCAAUUUACUGAACUUAUCAAGGACCCAGGGCAAGCAGAGCUGGACAGAGAUGUAUGAGGAGACAAAAAGGAAGAAGAUGGAGAGGACGAGAGGGAAGCCCAGGUUUGGGAUUGAGCUGCCAAACCAGACAGACAGAAAUCACUCAACACAAGCAGCUGACAAUGACCUGCCUCUGUCUGAAGGUUUCCACUGGGAGUCGUUCCCUGACAGUCCUUCAGCUGCUGGUUGGGCUGCACCACCUCCUCCAGUCCAGCAAACAGAGGUUAAUGACCAUCACUCAGAAACGCAGUCAGAUUUACAAGUGCAGAAGCGUGCAGAGCUGCCUGCUGCAGCACAGGACAAUUAUGAGAUGGUAACUGUUCCUGUAAAGGUGGAACAAAAUGUGGAGGAUGAGAAUGGAGAAGAGAGUAUUUCAAACAAGAGGAUGUCUACAGAGCCUGAUGGUGUUUCUGAUGAGCAGCCUAGUAGAAAAAAGAAGAAAACAAAACCUCAAAAAGACCAGGACCAGAUGGACCAGCUGUUAGCUGUCUCUUUGAGGGAGGAAGAGUUGAGCCACUCAUUACAGGAUUUGGACAAGUCUCUGAUUCAGGCCCGCAAUGCCCUGCAAGCUGCCUACACUGAGGUCCAAAGACUGUUGCUAAUGAGACAACAGUGCACUGUUGAGGUCAACAGUCUGAGAGCCAAGCGCAUCGAGAUCCUGCAAGGGAUGCAAGGAGUGUACUCAGGAGCGUCUAACUCGGCACAGAAAGCCAACACCUUCUCUGCAGGGGCUGCUGCUGCCGUUCAACCAAGACUCUCUCCCCUUCCUUCCUCUACUGCUUUCCCCACCUCUUCAAACCAGUCCCCACGCCCCACUACACCAGUCUCCUCCAGUGGCCAACCUAAUACAACACACAUUGCCAUGCAGGUAAAGCAGGAGAAAUGCCAGCUACCUGCAGUCUCCUGUAACCCCGACACACCUCAGGUUCCUGUAAACCAGCCUGUGCCGCUGUUUCCCCCUAAUCUGCUCCCUUCACUGCUGCUUACACCAUCACACUUGCCUGCUCCUACAGCUGCUGCUGAAACUCUCCCACAUGUCAAAGCAGAGAGUUCCACAUCUAUGAAUAGUGCCUCUGAAUCACCUGCCAGGCUGCAGGGACAGGUGGCGAGGGAGGAGUUCAAUGAUGGUAAACAGACAGUAAAUGUAGCUGGAGAAGAAGAAGAGGAAGAAGAUUCUGAUGACAGUACAUCAGCAACCUUGGAUGACAACAGAGGGAACGAGAGCGACAAUUCUGUUGAGAUGAUGGAGCCCUCCGACGUGGUCGUCAUCGAUAUCGAUGAGUCAGACAAUGAGGAGGAUGUUCCUGCCCUCAAAGAGCCACCUCAGAAGUCUGUCAGUGUGGAGUUCAGCUCUGCAGCAACACAGGCGAACAAGAAAAAUAAUGUAGAGAGAAAAGUUCAGCCUAAUGUUAAAGAAGAGAGCACUCCUCCAGAGUCUGCUGAAGUCUCUAAUGAUGAGGCGUUAUACCUGGGAGCUUUUAUGAAUCACACCGGUCCCGUCCAUGGGCUCCAAGUGCAUGAGGGUCGGCUGUACACGUGUUCAGGAGACAACACAGCCCGGGCCUACAGUCUGAUGAGCAGAGAGUGCCAAGCAGUGUUUGAAGGUCACAAAAACAAAAUCAACUGUCUGCUGGUGGCGUCCUUCACAAAUAUGCCAGCACGCCUCUACACCGGAUCCAGUGACCAGACGAUCCGCUGUUACAGCACAAAGAGUAAUAAGUGUUUGGAGCAGAUCACUCUAGCUGACCGGGUGUUGUGUCUGCACGUUGCCUGGAAUAUUCUGUUUGCUGGACUUGCAAAUGGAUCAGUAGCCAGUUAUGACUUAAAGACUCUGAAGCAGUUGGAUGUGUUUGAGUGUCACGGCCCACGUGGUGUGAGCUGCCUCGGUACAGCUCAGGAGGGAGCUCGCAGGGUGCUUCUGGUCGGCUCCUACGACAGCACCAUCAGUGUGCGAGACGCCAAGAGCGGCCUACUGCUUCGCUCGCUGGAGGGUCACACCAAAACUGUGCUCUGUAUGAAGGUGGUGAAUGAUCUUGUCUUUAGCGGCUCCAGUGACACUUCUGUUCAUGCCUACAACAUCCAUACAGGAGAGUUGAUUCGCAUCUACAAGGGUCAUGAACACGCGGUGACAUCAAUCGUCAUCUUGGGCAAAGUGAUGGUCACAGCCUGUCUGGAUAAACUGAUCCGAGUUUAUGAGCUACAGUCUCACGACCGUCUGCAGGUGUACGGAGGCCACAGUGAUAUGGUGAUGUGCAUGGCCGUGCAUAAGAGUGUGAUCUAUACAGGCUGCUAUGAUGGCACUGUUCAAGCUGUGAAGCUCAACCUGAUGAAGAACUACCGCUGCUGGUGGCAGAAUUGCUCACUGAUCUUCGGCAUGUCAGAGCAUCUGAAUCAACAUCUCCUACAAGAUCACAGCAACCCAAAUCUGAGGAUGGUGAAAUGUCGCUGGAGAAGCUGCAGCGCUGUUUUCUCCACACAGCAGGUGAUCAAACAGGAGCUUCCUGAACACAUGAAGAACCAUGCGGAGAAAGACAGUAAAGUUCAGCCCUGCCCCUGACAGCAACAAUACAGGAGCUAAGACUGAGGUUACAAUACAUCAGAUCGUUUUGUGGUUCAUCGAAGUUUAAUUCAAGAUUUUGUGUUUUGUUUUCCGUUAAAAGUGUGAAACUGGUUUACAUGAGUCUCACUGACAGAGGUGAGGCCGCUUGUUGAAAGUGUUGGGACACUUUUAAAAUAAUCAUGAAAUCAGCUGUUUUCUUUAUCAACUGUUAUCAGUUUAGGUUGGCAGUAAUUACGCUCUAUUUUAGGAGUGAUUCAUUACUGUAUGUUUAGAUCUGUUGGUCAGUGUGUUCAGUCUUUUUACUGUGAAUAUAUGGCAUGACUUAAAAAACCACACAAUAUUGUACACAGACUUUUUGAUAAGUAAGCAGCUAAUCGUUGAACAUUUCUAUGACUGUGCCGCACUCACAUUUACACCUCAGAGUAGAUUCUGCAGAGAAAGUUUUGCUUUGCACUGCCUUCAGGUUCCAACAUCUUUGGUGAUUUUCCUAGAUUUUAAGUGAAGGUUCUGUUUUAAGGUCUGCCAAGAAAACGAGUUGACCAUAAGUCAAAGCAACUAGUUUUUGAAAUCCAUCCACACAAGCAGACUGACUGAAAGAAUAGUACCGAUUUUACUCUGUAACAGUCACAAUGGAGAGUUUUAAAAAGAGAUCAUAUUUCAGUCUAACACAAAAAACUCGACAGCGCUUUAAGAAAUCCAGACACUUACAGGUCACAAAACAGCUAGCAGCUAUUGUGGCUAUGAGCAAAUGCUGACUGGUAAUAUUUUGAAUAAGGCAAUUCAUCCGUCUUUGUGCUGCCACUCUGAUGCAGAAAAUGUUUAUUUUUUCCAGAAUCUGCUUUUCCUAACUGGUCUGGCCUCAGGACCUGCCACAACCUCCUAAAUGAGAAAUUGCAACACAAAUAUCUGAGAAUUGUCAUCCUCUAGAAUUUAUUUAUAUAUUGUAAAAUAGUACAGUUUAGAGCUAAUGACUAACUAAGUCAUUGGCUCUCACCCGGUGGGUCAGGACCCAAGAGAAGGUUGCAAAGCUCUUUCAAGUGGGUCUCAAAUAUGUGCCAGGAAAAAUAUGUGGCAAAAAAAGUCUGUGCAUGGAAGUCCUUUUUUAACACAGUAGAGUUAUACAUGUGUUUUUAGGUUUUCCUAAGAUAAUGAGGUGUUUUCAGUAUUUAUGUCAAGAUAACUUGUUUUCUUUUGAUAACAAAGCUGGUUGUCCCCAAGAUAAUCAGAAGAGGUUCCCAAAUUCGCAAGCUGUCUCAGGAAAAUGGAGAAAAAUAAAAUGUCUCCAUGCUUCUGCAGUGAUGUGCUUUACAUGUUUUUUCAUCCCAUUCAUUAAAUUUCGUUUUCUUCCAUUUAGGAUCCAAACAGAAACAUUUUAUAUUGAAUAAGUUCAAGUGGUUGCAAACUUUAAAACAUUUGGGUUACGGUUUCUCUUCAGAAGGUAGUGGUGGGUCCUGAUCCCUCUCCAGUGGAGAGUUAAGGGACAGGACAAAUAAAUGUUUAAAAGUGCAUUUUCACAGAAGUCCUGGAGGGAAAUGCGUGCAUACCUUCUGGUUCAACCUGUUUCAGCUAAUAACAUGCAAGUUUUUGUGGGUUUCUGUUGAUCUUAAGAAGUUGAUACACUGUAAUGGGAAAACAAGCUCUGUAACUCCAAAAUAACAAGAAAAGGAACAGAAAAUUACUUAUUAUCUGGAUAAAACAGAGUUAAAUAAAUUGAGAAAUUUCCACCUAGGGCUUCCAUACAUUAUGCCUCUUUUGCCACAUUUUUUCCUCAUGCACACAUAAACAACCUGCUAAAACCAGCUCCAUGGCCCACCAGUCGAAAACUGCUGCUUUGAAGACACUGUUGUCUGACCUUCGAAGAAAAUGCCUUGACCCAAAACAGCUGAGAAUCUCCUUAAAUUCCACAUCCUUGGACAAUAAUUAUCACUAGUUUUUAAUUGCAGAUAUCCCAAGGGCUUUAAGAGGUAUUCCAGGAUGUCAUUAGGGGGUUUUAAAACUUUAUAUCUCACUAUUUUUUGGAGAGAGAAAUACACAUGAACUGCAUGUGAAUCAUAUGGAUAAACAGACUUGAUAUGUUGCUAAUUAAGGCGAUGAAGAAGGUAAAGUUUGGGAUAAAACCCAGAGCUUAAAAAAGUAUCAGCAAAUGUUCAUGAUCUGUGCUUUCUUUUAAAGUCAAACACAUUGUAACUUUUUUCGUCAUGCACAGGCAUGGCUCAUUGAUCUGAUAUUGUAAUGUAAAGUUUGUAAUUCUUAGAUGGCCUUGAUACAUACUGCAAUCUCCUGUUUUCAAUAUUUAAACCAUUUAUUAGUCCUAACUCUCAAGAACAUUACUGAUGCUAAUACCCUUAUUUCUGAUAUCCCGCUGUACAACUCCUUUUGUA